AUGAAGAAAAUAGAACAGAGAACAUAUUUGCGUGGCGUAUUUAAGGUGGUGUUAUCUGUUAUAACAAUUAUUAAAUACAACUUUAAAUACUUACCGAUUUUUCAGGAGCAGAAACCAAUGUGGUGCAAAAAAUGUGGUCUAUUGACAGCCAUUAAGGAUGCUUUUAUGAUGAAAAUGAACACGUUUAUGAAGUCGAUGUCGUCGUUCGCCCCAGCGCCGAGUGGACAACAUCUCUUGUCGGCGUCUCCGUGGACUGCAGACUUGAUGAUGCCGCAGCUCGCUCCGCCACAGUCGUCUUGGUGGUCGUCGCCCACCCCAUCGUUUUGGCGGUCACCUCCAUCGUCGUCGUCGAAUUGGUGGUGGUGGUGUUGACGAACGUAUCGUACGACGAACAAAUCGCCGGGAAAAAAAUGAUACAAAAAACGAUUUAGCCCUUACACUGCAGGCCACGCGCCUACCCGUAACACAUUAUAUUAUUACGUAUAAUAUUGUUAUUACUUUAUUAGUAUAUUUAGUGUACCUAUUUAUAUCAACACGUACACGUUAUACACGCUAUAUAGGUACUAUAUAAUAUAUUAUAUUAUGUGAUUGCGUUCUGUAUACAAACAAAUAUUGUAGUACGCGAUUUUAGUAUACAGCAAUAUGGUACGAUUCGUAUUAUAAUAUUAUGUACUUAUUUGAUAAUAAUAUCAUUGUAUUUUAAAAAAGUCCGUAAACAUUUAUGUAAUUUUUUUUUUAUUAUUAUUAUUUUUUACUGCUUAUUUUUACUGUUA